UGGCCUCUCCUCAGUUCAGCCAUCUUACUGCUUGUGGGCAUCUCAUUCAGAUCUGUCACAAGCAAGGAGCACUAGCCGUAGCAACGGAAGCUUGCUCUCUACUCUGGAACUUCUUUGUUCUUCCCCACACCUCCUCUAAAACCGACAUCAACAUGCCCACAUGUAACUAUCCCAGACUCAACAUGAAGCAUAUAAACGGAUCCUCUAUCACCCUGAUCCGGCACCUGAUUGAGAGUAUCCUGGUUUCAGUGGAUAUUGCUAUCAGAGAGGGAGCCCUGUUUUGUAAUGUCACGUGUGAUCAGGGUCCUUUCAAGACUAAACAGCUAGCAAGGCUGGGCCUGUGUGAGAAGCUGCUGGUAGCAAUAGAGCUGUCAGGCCGUAUUAACGACACUCAGCUAGGAACCCAAGCCAUUAUCCAGACGUACGGUCUACUUGCUCCCCUUAUUCAUCAUAACAUCAUGUGUUAUCCUGCACUUAAGGUACUGCUGUAUUGUCACGCUGCUUUGACAGAGCUUCCUGGGGUUGUAAAACAGAAGAAACACGCUGGAAACAUACAACACAUGACAGGAGUCAUCACUUUCUAUCUCAGCAAGACGCUGCACCAAUGGGGAGAGUUAGAGGGAGCGGCUCUAAUAAGUGAGAAUGGGCACGAGCUACUCACCCAGUUUGAUUGUUUGUAUGAUGAACUGAGUGAACAGUCUCACGCUAUCACUCCUAAUAACAAGAAGAAACCUGUUAAGAGAACUGAUAACACAGGAAAAGAAAAGAAAGGGAACCUGAAAGACAUGAUCCAGGACCCAGGAGGUGCGCCGAUCCUGAAGAGUGACACAGUUAAAGCGUUUGAAGCGCACGUGCUGCGUCACAGUGCAAUCUACCCCACUAACAGCAGCGGAGAUCCGGACUUUACCGGACAGGAGGACUUUAACUUGCUCUACACUGCUGUCGCUAACUUGUCCAGUCAUCAAGCUCAAAAGGAAGUGUACAAGUUCAGACGCCGCUCCCGGUUCCUGGAGCUGUAUGUUCGUGUGCUGGAGAAGGCCCUGCUAGAGAGUAGACCCGACCUAGUAGUGGACUGGUGCAGUGAGGCUGUGGCCUGGUUAACACGACGUAACGACCUUCUCAUUGCUCAGAAGGCUCUUAAUAAAGACGUUAAACCGGCUAAGAAUCUCGAGAUGCUGAAACAGACUGUGAUGGCUAAAGGAUCUGAUGCUGCUCUUGCAAAGAAGAAUGAUAACAAAACCCCUGGCGUCAAAAAUAUGUCCAAAAAGGAAGGGAUCAAGCCAUUUAAACUUCUGGGUCAGCCGGAUGAGAAUAAAAUGCAGGCUGCAGAGCUACUCAGAGCCAUCCUGCCAGAUACCUGGAGAAGAUCCUGUAGAAUACAGAGACUACGUCUUAUUACCCACGAGGAGAUGCCCUGGAGAGCCCAGUUAAACGUGAUACUUGCCGCGUCCUGUUACCAACAAUUCAAAGAUAAGAUGGACGUCAGAGUCAAGUCUUUUAAUGAUGCAGCUGAUUUUAGCCAUGGCGGAGAGUACGACUUGUUGCCUAGCAACAUGUUCGUGGUGGGGGACGUUGGGAGCAUGAUGAACAAUAGUGAGGAUCCUAUUGAGGAUAUUCUGCGCGAGGGUCACGUGAACGUUUCACCCUCACUGGAAAGGGAGAAAACUAACCUGACAGCUCUGAUGAGCAAGAAGGGGAGUGUCAGCUCUGUUACCUCAAGACAAAGCAAGUACUGUCUCUCAAGCGACAAAGCAAAAGAGAUAAAGAUGAGUUACAGCAGUUACCUAGUGCAGACCUUUGUAAGUCUGACCCAGGCUCUGGUGUUAGCUCACCGGGGCGCACAUUGGGGGUUGCUUCAGAACAUUGCUUCUCAGCUGUGGAGAAUUGUCAUGGACCUUCACAUGAAGAUGAAGACCCUGCCAACCUCUACAAGAGAAGUGUUGGGUCUCACUGACCAGGCUAUCAAUGAUCUCACUAUUUCAGACCCUGCCAACCUCUACAAGAGAAGCACCCUGCCAACCUCUACAAGAGAAGCGUUGGGUCUCACUGACCAGGCUAUCAAUGAUCUCACUAUUUCAGACCCUGCCAACCUCUACAAGAGAAGCACCCUGCCAACCUCUACAAGAGAAGUGUUGGGUCUCACUGACCAGGCUAUCAAUGAUCUCACUAUUUCAGACCCUGCCAACCUCUACAAGAGAAGCACCCUGCCAACCUCUACAAGAGAAGUGUUGGGUCUCACUGACCAGGCUAUCAAUGAUCUCACUAUUUCAGACCCUGCCAACCUCUACAAGAGAAGUACCCUGCCAACCUCUACAAGAGAAGCGUUGGGUCUCACUGACCAGGCUAUCAAUGAUCUCACUAUUUCAGACCCUGCCAACCUCUACAAGAGAAGCACCCUGCCAACCUCUACAAGAGAAGUGUUGGGUCUCACUGACCAGGCUAUCAAUGAUCUCACUAUUUCAGACCCUGCCAACCUCUACAAGAGAAGCACCCUGCCAACCUCUACAAGAGAAGUGUUGGGUCUCACUGACCAGGCUAUCAAUGAUCUCACUAUUUCAGACCCUGCCAACCUCUACAAGAGAAGCACCCUGCCAACCUCUACAAGAGAAGUGUUGGGUCUCACUGACCAGGCUAUAAAUGAUCUCACUAUUUCAGACCCUGCCAACCUCUACAAGAGAAGCACCCUGCCAACCUCUACAAGAGAAGCGUUGGGUCUCACUGACCAGGCUAUCAAUGAUCUCACUAUGAAGCCUAUGUAUCACAUGGCUGACUUCAUGUUGGACUAUGUUGAGAACAUAAUCUCAUGCAAUGAGGAUAUAGAGGACCCCAGUACGAUUGUGGGUAAACCGGAGGAUAUUGACGGGGGAGCCUCGCUACACUUCGAUAAGUUUGAUGACACCUCCUUCGUUCACAUAAGAUGGCUGCACCGCUACGUUAUGGAGACUCUAAAGAUCCUCUACACUAAUAAUCAGUUCGAGAAACUCGCCUACAUUGGCACCAGAUUCAACCAGCUCACCAAUGAUGUGUUCGGAGAACAGACCUACCCUCUGAUAAUCUACAGCAAGAGAAAGUUAGUGGACAGAGUAGCGGAGUACAACGAACCGUGGCACACGGAGACCAGUAGUGUCAGUAUUCGCAGUACUGUCACUCCUGUUCAAGCUGCGCACGAGAACAUAUCACCCCAAAUAGUUGAAGCACUGCGUCUGUGCUCCGUCCCCCUGGAUCUGGAGGUGGACCAGGAAGCACUAGCUAGCGUGCUAAGUGUCCGCUCCCACACUGCACUCUCCUUACAGUACUGCAGACAACUCCUCCUCUGCUAUCUCGCCGGAUACGGCAAGGGUAACCUAAAGCCGAGUAGCUCCCCGGUCUCCUCCUUCCACCCCGGUACAGCAGGAGCCAGUAAACUUUACGAUAAACCUGGAGACUUGUUCGUUUCACCUCUCUCUACCUCCUCCUACGGGAUCAUAGUGUCUACUUACGAGAAAACUAUAGAAAUGCUGCAAGUAAAGGGAAAGACUGAUUUAGCAGUUCAGGCGAUGCACGAGCUAGGAAAUGUUCUCUUCCACUCUGGGAAUACUAAGGGAGCGUUCAAAUGGUGGUGUGACGCACUGGACACACUGCUCCACAUGACCAACUCCAUGCAGAACUGGCACAGCUUCACUCCUGAAACACUUCUCAACAAGUGCCAGAUAUGGGGCUGUUUGCUCGGCGCCUGUAUCGCUUCUAAUAUUUCCCAGUAUAUAGUGAGCCACAGUGUAGAUGACAAAGUAGACGCGUGUCUCCUUAGUGCCCAGCUAUUUAAAGCUCUGUUCCAUGCAUCCCUGCCUCACCCUGCAUCUGACUACCAAUAUGUUAACCACGAAAUAGGAGAAGGUUUCAACAUCCCCGCCCUGAUCCCCGGAGUAGAUCUGCUAUCUGACCAGUUCAGAUGCAGCGCUAGUGUGCUUGUUGGGUCUCUACACUACGUGUCCGAGACUCUUGUUAGACACCAGUUCGCUAGUCAGGCUCUACCAGUACUGACACUAUAUCACUACGUUGCCAUGUCUCUUCUAUCCGACACCAAACAUCUCAUUCUUGCUAGAAUACUCAAGGUUGAAGCACUGACACAGUUGUCCAUGUUAACAGAUGCUCUACAAUUGUGGAGUCUGGUAUCUCAAACUGAGGCGAUGCCCACCCCUCCUACUUCUCAUGGCAAUAACAUUUCCAACAAAACUGAGAAUUAUGUACCAGUAACAGCUGUAUCCCUAUGGAAUGUUCCAGAGUACAACAUAACAGAACCACUAAACAGUACCCAGAACAUACAAGCUGUAGAACACGCUAUAAAGUGCAAAAUCCCACCAAUCCCUCAGCCCCCCUUCACUACUAACCUAUCAGCACUUGCGCAGCUGGCGCACGCGGGGUUGAUGCUGGCUAUUGCGCAGCGGUCCUCUGUUGUGCCUAUGUACAGUGAGGGCAGUGAGAGUCAAACUACAGAAUCUGCCAUCAAGUACAAACUGUGUAAUUCAUCUGAAGUUAUACUCAUGCACCUCUCCAAAUGUGCUGAUAAAGAAGAUGCCCACUACUGUGAAAUAGAGAUAGGGGUGAGUUCCCGUAGGUUGCUGUGCACUAUCGCACUGGAGAAGCAGCUGGGGGCUACCAUAGUUAACCUCAGUAACUACGGGCUCUCACUUCUCCAGCGCUCUUAUCAGCUUGACAGACAAGAGGUAGUUUCCUACGAUGAGAUGUGUAGUAAGAGGCGGCUGGACAGUCUGGCCUGGCUACAGUUAAAAUGUGCUAUGAUCCAAGGGUUUGGGCUCAUGACCACCAUGUACGGUGCGAAUGAUUGCAAGCAAAUAUGUGCCGCCACGAAAGAGGAAUCUCAGCUAUUCAAUUCGAGUGAAAUGCAAGCCUGGAUAUCACUGAAAGACCUUGUCUUGGAUAUCAACGCCAGCAACACUUUCCAAGUUGAGCGUCAGAUAAAAGAAGGUCUCUCCAGGAUGGUGGCCCCAUCCUGUCUGGGUGCCAGUGUUAGUGUUGGUACUAUCCUGUACUGUGCUUCUAGAGCUACUAACAAGGAGGACUC